CUUGCCUUCACCACAGGACUUUUUGUCAUAUCCAGCAAGAAGAAUGGAGGGAAGGGGCACCAGUGGAGAGUUUAUGAGCAUGAAUCCAACCAUCCCAAGUGGUGGCAUGGAACCCACAACAGUGAAUACAAGUAGCUCGACUGUUGUUCCACCUGUCGACAACGAGCUCCUGAUCCCAGAAUGGCUGAUCAUCAUCACUCUGACGGGGCUGGCUGGAAAUGCAAUUGUGCUCUGGCUCCUGGGAUUCCACACACACAGGAACUCCAUCUCAGUCUACAUCCUCAACCUGGCUGCCGCUGACUUCCUUUUCCUCUGCAGCUUCAUCAUAUUCUAUCUGGGGAAACUCACUGACAACAUUAACCACGUGUACUACCUAUACUUACACACCAUGGGGUUGUCCUCCUACAUCACAGGCCUCAGUAUGGUCAGCACCAUCAGCUCCGAGCGCUGCCUGUCAGUCCUGUUCCCCAUCUGGUACCACUGCCACCACCCAAGACACAUGUCAGCUGUCACAUGUGCCCUGCUCUGGGCUCUGUCCCUGCUUCUUAUCAGUCUGAUAUACACCUUCUGCAGCUUACUGUUUAUAAGGAAAUACAGUCUAUAUCUGAUAAUGCACUUUAUCACAGCUGCAUGGCUGAUCUUUUUAUUUGUGAUCCUCUCUGGGUCCAGCCUGGCCCUGCUGGUCAGGAUCCUAUGUGGAUUCAAGAGGCUGUGACUGACCAGGCUGUAUGUGACCCUCUGGCUCUCAGUGCUGAUUUUCCUCCUCUGUGGCCUGCCUGUAGGCAUCCUGUGGUUUGUGUGCUUCACGAUUCGUUUUAUGAUUUCAUAUGAUCUCUGGAGUAUUUCUUUUUUUCUUUCUAGCAUCAGUAGCAGUGCCAACCCCAUCAUUUAUUUCUUUGUCGGCUCCUUUAGGCAGAAACAGCAUCAGCAGCUGCAGCAGAAGUCACUGAAGCUGGUUCUCCAGAAGGCCCUGGAGGACU